AUGCAGGGAGGCAACAACAGAGAUGUUCAGUUGGGUAGCACCGUAGAGGAGCCGCUCGAUCUCAUCCGGCUCUCCCUUGAUGACCGCAUCUACGUCAAGCUGCGUGGUGAACGCGAGCUCCGCGGCAAGCUCCAUGCCUACGAUCAACACUUGAACAUGGUGCUGGGAGAUGUCGAGGAGACCGUGACAACCGUGGAGAUGGACGAGGAGACCGACGAGGAAAUCAUCAAGCGGCGAAAGCGAACAGUGGAGAUGCUCUUCGUGCGUGGCGACGGUGUCAUUCUGGUCUCUCCUCCCGUGCGGACCAACUAA